AUGAUUGACCUAGAACAAAAGGUCUGGUUUGAUACCAUUGAGACAAAUCUCCUAUGCAAAACUAUAGGAAUCAGCAAGGAGACCAAGAUACUUGGUAUCAUCACCAAGAUGAAGAACAGUGGGCUGCUCCUAGACAAGAAUAACUUCAUAUUCGGACACAACACAGGGGGAGCUGAAACCAGCUCAUCUACACAGCUCUACCAACUUAGUAAAAACAUUGAUCAGUACAGAUUGGAUCUUUUGGGGAUCACCGAGACUCACAUGCCUGGAUCUGGCACCACUCUACUGGACAAUGGCAGUCUACUCAUCUAUUCCGGUAGAGUCGACGGGAUCAAGAGACAGGGAGUCGGUCUCAGUCUUUCAAAACGAAUCAGAAACUCCCUGAUAUCGUUCACUCCCACAUCGGAGCGGGUUUUAACUGCUAGGCUGCAUAGUAAGCAAAUCAACAUCUCUGUUGUUGUGGCCUAUGCUCCAACUGAGGGUGCAGAGGAGAGUGAGAAAGAUAAGUUUUAUAGGACACUCACAGAUACAUUUGAUGGGCUACCUCGUCACGAUAUCAAGUUACUGCUCGGCGAUUUUAAUGCAAAAGUAACAUCAGGCAGAUAUGGAAGUGAAGCGGUCAUCGGUGGGGAAUCACUCCAUAGCUCAUCAAAUGACAACGGGACAAGACUUGUGGAUUUCUGUGCGACGAACCAGCUUGUCAUCGGGGGAACUCUCUUCGAGCACAAGAACAUUCACAAGGGAACAUGGCGGUCCCCCAACGGGCUCACCGUCAAUCAGAUAGAUCAUAUCUGCAUUGGAAAGCGGUUUCGUCAGUCACUUUUUGAUGUUAGGGUAUGUCGCGGGGCAGACAUCGGCUCCGAUCAUUAUCUGGUUCUAGGACUGCUGAAAAUCAAACUUCAGUCAGUGACAAAGAUCAACGCCAACAGGCCCAAUGUGCCUGCCAUUGAGCGCCUGAGGGAUAGUACUACGGUUUUAGAGUACAAUGUGGCUCUUCAAAACCGAUUUGCAAGUCUGGAUAGUGAGGUCGACCUCGAGGAUAUGUGGCGUAAUCUCAGUCAGACCGUCACUGAUGUCUCACUGGAGGUACUAGGCAAAAGACCCCGGAAGGCAAAGGAGCAACACCUGUCACGGAAGACCAAGGAUUUAUUGACUCAGCGGGCACAGUUUAAGCGCAAAGACCCAAACUCGGACACUAACAGGUCAGAGUAUUCUAAACUUAAUAAGUUAGUCAAGAAAAGCAGCAAGCUAGACGACAAUAACUGGGCAGUUAGAGUAGCUACUGAUCUUGAGGAAGCAGCGAGCAAAGGUCAGCAGCGUGAGGUAUGGGCAAAGAUCAAGAAGAUCUCUGGUAAGAACAAGAAGCCUCAAGCAUCUUGUGUCCGGGACAAGGACGGUAGGAAGAUCACGGAUCCCCAACAGCAGAGGGAUAGGUGGAAGGAGCACUUUACUGAACUUCUGAACCCCCCAUCAUCAAGUGUCAACCUUGCCGACCUUGAUACAGUACCACCCCAACCCCACUUUAACUCUCUCUCUUGUUCGGAUGGACCACCCACCAGAGACGAGAUUAGUUAUUCCCUGACAAAGCUUAAGAACAACAAAAGCCCAGGAGUGGACGGGAUAACUAACGAGCAACUGAAGUAUGGUGCGAGUGCUCUAGUUGAUCAACUAGAGUGUCUAUUCAAGAAAGUGUGGGAAGAAGAGACUGUUCCUGAAGAUUGGUUAAAGGGUGUGAUCAUUGUUAUUGGGAAGAAAGGAGACACUUCAGUCUGCGGGAACAACAGAGGGAUCACCUUAAGGUCUACAGCAUCCAAGCUUUUUCAGAUGAUUCUUCUUAAGCGGUUACAUGCUGGUAUGGAGUGUCUCCUCAGGGAGAAUCAGUGCGGAUUUAGACAGAACCGCUCAUGUAUUGAUCAGAUUUAUUCUCUCCGAACUAUUAUUCAUAACUGUCUUGAGUUUAACAUUCCUCUUUACAUUAAUUUUGUGGAUUUCAAGGCAGCGUUCGAUUCUAUCAGAAGGGACUUUAUUUGGUGCAGUAUGAGACACUAUGGGCUGCCUGAAAAAUAUCUGACUCACCAGCAACAAUGCAAGUCCAAGAAGAAAGAAGGAGAGACACUGUCCGUUAUCUGGGUGUGCCACCACCGACAGUGCUCCCACUUCUGUGGGGCCGAGGGUGUUGGCUCCAAGAACCAGCCGUGA